GACCAGGAGAGGGCGCGCCAAGAACUAGUUUGCUGGACCUGCUCGACCAGCGCUUGAGAGGAGCCGACCUGAAAGGAACCCGACAGUUGUGUUGCCUAGCGACAGCCACUUCCGUUGAUAUUUUUCUCCCGCCUGGCAUCAUAGCGUGUUUUCAUUGGCUGAGUGUUCUUGUGGGGAGCGUACGUCUAUCCGCCGCGACAGGUGGUGUAGGUCUAUCGGAGAAGGCUGGAGCCAUGGCCGAUCGCCUGACGCAACUUCAGGACGCCGUGAAUUCGCUUGCAGAUCAGUUUUGUAAUGCAAUUGGAGUCUUGCAGCAGUGUGCCCCGCCUGCAUCUUUUAGCAACAUACAGACUGCAAUUAACAAAGAUCAACAAGCUAAUCCUACAGAAGAAUAUGCCCAGCUGUUUGCCGCCUUGAUUGCCAGAACUGCUAAAGAUAUUGAUGUUUUAAUAGAUUCAUUGCCAAGUGAAGAAUCCACAGCUACUUUACAAGCUGCCAGUCUGUAUCGCUUGGAGGAAGAGAACCAUGAAGCGGCAUCACGCCUGGAAGAGGUGGUUUAUCGCGGGGAUGUGCUCUUGGAGAAAAUACAGAAUGCCUUAGCUGACAUUGCCCAGUCACAGCUGAAGACCAGAAGCAGCAGUUGUAGCCAGCCUAGUCCAGAUUAACAGUAGCAGAUGGCAGGACCUCACUGUGGAAUUCAGUCCCCUGGCAUUAGUUUGGUGGCAGGAGCAGAGGGGAAACCCUCUCCUUGAUCCCAGAUGCUGUGGAAAGGCUUCCAGUAUGAUGCUUCUGAAUCAAAGGGUGCCUGCUGAUGUAUAUCAGUUUUCUGUAUCAUACUGGAUUGAAAGGAGAAGCCAUUACAAACGGCGAGUUGCUCAGCCUUUAUUUUCAUUGUGCUGAUUUACAGUGUAAAGUGGUGUAUACUGUACUGUGAGUUGGAUACAUUUCAGCAGGCUAGCAUUUUCCCUCCAGAUCAUCUGUUUUUGCCAUUGGGAUUUAGUUUUUUGGCGCCCUGAUUUAUUGACCCAGACUAGUUCUGUAUCUCAGUUUAAGAAGGGAAAACAAUGCAGCUCAUGAUGAGGUAGGUCUAAGAACUCUCUCAGGGCUAGCAUCCAAUUUUUAAAAGUACUUUUAAGCGUACCAAUAAAUAGACAAAUGAGAAAAACUGGGAAAGGGAGACAUGGACUUUGGAAAGCAGAAUAAAAGUGUAGUUUCUCACUCAAA